GUAUCCUAGAAGGGAUGGAGUAAUGGGGUUGAGUGAGCGAAGCAGCUCUUAUUCCAUCAUAACUGCAGACACACAGCUGUGGAGGAUAUUCACAGCCCAUCAUGAAGUCUCAACAGAAAUGCAUUGUGAUCUUUGCUCUAGUGGGUUGCUGUGCUGUCCUUGUAGCAUUAAUAUUCUCUGCUGUGGAUUUGUGGGGGGACGAUGAGGAUGGUAUUACUGAAGAUAACUGCAGCAGGACAUGCCGAUUUGUGCUCGUGGAGAAUAUUCCGGAAGAUUUUUCCAUUCCAUAUAAGGGUACCAUUCCACUGAACGCUGGUCUUCAUGAACUUUUAGACCAAGCGCGUCGAUUCGUUGAGAUUGUGUCACCAUGGUGGGCUCUGAACUCAAGCAAGAAUGAGUUUCUCAUGCCUCAAGCCAAACAGGGUGAGAUCUUAUUUCAUCGACUGACACUUCUGAAGUCUAGAUCAGUCAGCUUAAGGGUGGUCAGUGGAAUAUCAGAUUCCUCAGAACUAAACGUUCUAAAAAAACAUGGUGCUGAAGUCCACUUUGUGAAUAUGACAGUGCUCACCAAAGGUCAGAUGAACUCUUCAUUCUGGGUAGUGGACAGAAAGCACAUGUACAUUGGAAGUGCUGCCAUGGACUGGAGAUCAUUCUCUACGAUGAAGGAGUUUGGGCUCAUCAUUUAUAACUGUAGCUGUCUGGUGAUGGAUCUGCACAGAAUAUUCACCCUCUACAGGCAACUGCAAUACAAGGAGUUUGUGCCAUCGAUAUGGUCCAAGAAACUGACUGCACUGUAUAACAAAGACAAGAGUCUCCAGCUGUUCCUGAAUGACAUCAAUGCAAAAGCAUACAUUUCUGGUUCCCCAGAUGUCUUCUGUCCUAAAGAACGUAUGAAGGACAUUGAGGCCAUUUUCAGAGUAAUUCAAGACGCCAAGACCUUCAUCUACAUCUCUGUACCCAACUAUCUGCCAAUACUUAAGAGGACUCAGAUCAAGUACUGGGCACAGAUUGACAACAUGCUCCGGGAAGCGUUGAUUCUGAAAAAGAACAUUAAAGUAUGCAUGUUAGUGAGCUGUUGGGAGCAGACAGACCCUUUGACCUUUAACUUUCUAUGGUCUCUACAAUCUCUAUGCAUGGACUCCAUCAAUUGUUCAAUGGAAGCGAAAUUCUUCAUCCAGCGUGAGCAGAGCGGCGGACGCCUGUAUGGCAUUAAUCAUAACAGAUACAUGGUGACAGAUAACUCUGUUUAUCUCGGGAAUUUUGACUGGGUGGCCAAUGAGUUUGUCUUCAACGCUGGUGUUGGGAUCGUGAUCAAUCAGCAGAAUGAGACGAACUCCACAGUAGUGGAGAUGAUGAAAGCUGUGUUUGAACGAGACUGGAAUUCCCAGUACAGUAAAACUUUACAAGCCAACAAAAUCCCAGCAUGCAGCAAUACAAUCAAAGAGCACACGGACAACAUGUCAACUCCAGCAUUUUUCCAAAACUCCAAGGCUUGGAAAUGA